AUCUGUAUAUUUUCAGAAUUCAGAAUUUGAGACUGGCAUGUUAUUAGAACCCUAACUGGUGUGCUCUGACCUUUAAUGUAAAUAGCCCUUCAGAAACGUUUGUAUUUGCAGCGUGGCCCAAGUGCGAUCUGGAAGAUGGGAGGUGCGGUGAGUGCUGGUGAGGACAACGAUGAGCUGGUGGACAACCUGAAAGAGGCGCAGUACAUCCGGACCGCGCCGGUCGAGCAGGCUUUCCGGGCUAUCGAUCGCGCAGACUAUUAUCUUGAAGAAUUUAAAGAAAACGCUUAUAAAGACUUGGCAUGGAAGCACGGCAACAUCCACCUCUCGGCUCCGUGCAUCUAUUCGGAAGUGAUGGAGGCCCUGGACCUGCAGCCGGGGCUCUCCUUCCUGAACCUGGGCAGUGGCACGGGCUACCUCAGCUCCAUGGUGGGGCUCAUUCUCGGUCCUUUUGGUGUGAACCACGGGGUUGAACUCCAUUCGGAUGUAAUAGAAUAUGCAAAGCAGAAGCUGGACUUCUUCAUUAGAACCAGCGACAGCUUUGACAAAUUUGACUUCUGUGAACCUUCCUUUGUUACUGGCAAUUGCCUGGAGAUUUCUCCAGAUUGUUCUCAGUACGAUCGCGUGUACUGUGGGGCUGGUGUGCAGAAAGAGCAUGAAGAGUACAUGAAGAGUCUUCUCAAAGUAGGGGGCAUCCUUGUCAUGCCACUGGAAGAGAAGUUGACUAAGAUAACGCGAACUGGCCCUUCUGCUUGGGAGACCAAAAAGAUUCUGGCAGUUUCUUUUGCUCCUCUGGUCCAGCCCUGUCAUUCGGAGUCUGGAAAAUCAAGACUUGUCCAGUUACCGCCGCUGGCCGUGCGGAGCCUCCAGGACCUGGCUCGAAUCGCCAUCCGUGGCGCCAUUAAGAAGGUCAUGCGACAGGAGACCGUGAGCGGCAGCGGAAACGGACUGAAGAGCACUCCCCGGGCCAAGCGGCGGAGGGUGCGCCGCCGUCGCAUGGAGACCAUCGUCUUUUUGGACAAGGAGGUAUUUGCCAGUCGGAUCUCCAGCCCCUCCGACGACAACAGCUGUGAGGACUUGGAAGAGGAGCAGCGUCGCGAGGAGGACAGAGCCGCGCCCGAGGCGAAGCCGGCCCCGCCCGUGAACUUCCUGCGCGAGAAGGUCCUGAGCCUCCCUCUGCCAGACCCCCUGAAAUACUACCUGCUCUAUUACCGGGAGAAGUAAGUCUGUGGGCCCCGGAGGAGGUGCAGCCCGAGGCUGCCCUCCCACCCCCACCCGGGCCCUCGCGGGGUCGCCGGGCUCACGCCGUGG